GCCCGCGGUUUACAAAAACUACUGCUGGAGUAACGUUACGUGAAUUAGUAAAAAUAUCAUUAUUUCUACCUUAACUAACCUGCUGGAAUGGUGUCAAAGUUGUGCUCACGCCACGGUAACGUCAACUUGGAAUACAGUGGUUAAAAUUGCAGUAUAGACGCUGUAAUUUCCGAUCCAAACACCGCACGGCAUCAUCGUUUUGUUUGUUUCACGUUAGCAGAUGGCUAGUUAGCCCGGAAGCUCAGGGGAGGUAACGUUACCUUGUCAACAACCGUCAACUGAAGCUGCUGUGGCCUGGCAGAAAACACAAGCUGCUGAGUUUAUUCUUACGUGUUGAGCUGGAUAACUAACAGCAAUGCCGCUGUCAUCUGAGGCUCGUUUUGGGGUCAGCCACAGCAGCAGGGCUAAAGGAGAAACUAUCUGUGUGGUGCCCGCCCUCUACUCUGGUCUACUGGAGGAUGACUUCAACCUCAAUAAGUCCUACCCAUGUUCUCAGAGACCGAUGUACAAGAAGAACCUUUGGGCCUUGCACCGUCGGAAUGAUCGUGGUUCUUUGAUAGGUGAAAAUGUGGAUGUUUGCACGUCCGUUGCAACAAGAAACCUCCAAAUCUCUAGUUUACAUCCUGGCUCCCAAGUUUCUGCUGUCUCCCUGCCACACCCGGCCACUGUGUCAGAGACAGAGGAAAACCUGUUCAGUCAGCUUAUCUCUGAAGAUUUUGGCCUGUCUGAAUCUCCAUCUGCAAUCAACCCUCAUAAAGUCAUUUUUACGGUUGACCAUAAAACCAGAAAGAUUUUGUCAGCAAAUGAACAGGCCUGCAAAAUGUUUGAGUGCCUCACCAAUGAAGUGAUUGGAAAAAAGCUGUCCUGUAUCUUGAAGAAAACAAGUCAGGUCUUGGAAGAAGCGCUGGAAGAAGAUUUUGUGCUUGUGGAUGGAACUGUUGCCGCUGUGUCUGGAAAAGUGGUGGAUGUUGUGACAUCAUCUGGAGAGGUGCCGGUGUCAGUGUGUACCCACAGAUGGUCAGAAGAUCAGGAGCCGUGGCUAGUAAUGAUGGAGGGUGUGGAAAGGGUGUCAGCUGUUCUGUCCUUUUCACAAGAUGGCAGCAUCCUAACCUGUGACUUGGCGUUUGCCCAUCUCCAUGGAUACCACCAUCCAGACGAGUUAAAAGGGGUGUCUGUGAAGGAGCUAAUCCCCUCUUUACAAAUCCCUCUGCACAGUAAUGCGUUGCCAAAAAUGCUGAGGGUUCAGAAAGUUUGUGGGAAAAGCAGAGGGGGUGCAUCAGUCCCACUGUGUGUCAAACUUCAGGGGGCAGUGGCAUGUGGGAGACCCAAAAACAAUGGGACUGGUUUCACCUGCCCAUCAGAGAGUCUGAAAAGAUCAAAUACACCGGACAAUCAGCCGCUCUCUUCUCUCAACUCAUCUGUGUGCAAGUCAGAAGGCUCAAAUCCCAAAGAGCCAUCCUCUGAAGGCCCUGCGCUGGAGUACUCUGGAACAGUUUGGGCGUUCGCUCCUCUCAGCAGUCUCCUCCUGCUCCGCCCUGACGGCUCGAUCUACAGCAUCCACAACCAUCUCGCCCUCAGACUGUUUGGAUACGACAAGGACGAGCUGAUGGGAAAGAGUGUCACUUUUCUGAUGCCCGGCUUCUACGGGUGGAUGUCUGACCCGGACAGAAAGGCCAUCUCCUUUUCCGAUUCUCAAGCAGAGGCUGAUCAAAGUAAAGCCUCAUCCAAAGUAUCAGGGAAAUAUGACCCCUCGUCGCUGGUGGCCGGUGACAUGGCCAUGGUGCAUCAGGCGGUCCUGGAGAGAACCUCCAGAGGCAGAGGACGGAUCUUCACCGGGACGGACUGCAGGCUGGAGAAACCGGGGAACACUUUGUCAACUCUUUCUCCUCCUGCUGUCACCUCCACGCGAGUCCUCAUGGCUGAUGACACCACAGAGCUGAUGGAUGAGGCGGCCCAGGUCGCUCUCUGCACUAGCCAGCAGGACAGUAAAGAUACCACUCAGGCACUCCUCAAGACAUUUGCCUUGGUGGAACCUCCAGAAGAAGAGACUUACUUUCUGGUUCCCACUGAACCACCACACCGAGAACAGCCGCACAGCAGUGAAGUUCAGAAAAAUAAUCAUCCUGUCAUCAAGGGGGUCCGAGACAGUCAGGGUGGACAUGCUGUUUGCAGAGUUGAUGACCCCUCUCCUGAUGUAGGCAAAGACCCCCGCUCAUGUGCCUCUGUCCUGCAGGACUCCAGCUUUGAGGUCAUCUCCCUAGAGAGCAGGUCUUCAUCUGGCUUCUGCGAAAAGUUUGCCGGCCAUUGUGGUUCUGAUCCGGGCCCGGCGGAGGACUCUCGUUCAGCACACAUCGUGGACUCAGCCAGCUGCUUCCUGGACCUGAACAGCAGCGGGGAUCUGGUGACCCGGGCCCUCGCCGACUUAGAUCUGAGCGCCAGUGUAGAGCUCCUCAGCGGCGGAGGGUACGAUGACGAUCACCAACACCCCAUGAUAUCCUGUGACACAGCCGAGCUCCUGCGUACCCCCUCCCCAUGCGUGGUAGAGUCCGACCGCGAAGAGGAGCCUGGGAACGCUGAUGUAGAAGCCAGAAACGCAAGUACAGAACGAGAAGAAAACAACCAGGGCGAGCAGGAUCAGUGGGGAGCUCUGUCUUUAAUUCAAAAAGAAAAGGGCCAAGAGUUCUGCAUGCCAAUGAGCGGUGGGACUCAGUCCAUGACGGACAUUCCUUCCACAUCUACUCCUAAGAAACAGAAGGGGAACGGACACACCGUUUCCUCGGACACAACACAGAUAGUUGAGGGCCGAUACGAAGGAUGUGCGUACCACAGAGAUGGCACAAGAGUAGAUGUGCAGUGUGAUGUGUGCAGGACUGACCUCUCUGAUGGGAGCUCCAUGUUCUGUGUGUGGAUGAGGAGACCUGGCCUGACCGGGACACUCAUGCAGACAGAUCGAUCACGGCACAACCAAUCAGGAGCCAGUCUUGGAGAGAGAAUCGGGGAGGCUUUACACACCACCAUGGACCUGGAUCAGUCUCGAGCCUGUGACGGACAGUUUGAAGAAGUGUACCAGCCUCUUAAAGCUGUGGGUAAAGGAGCCUUUGGUUUUGUUUGGAAGGCAAUAAGGCGCUGUGAUGGACUAGAAGUGAUAGUGAAGUUCAUUAGCAAGACCAAGAUAGUGAAGGACUGCUGGGUGGAUGACCCGAUGCUGGGGCGAGUCAGCCAGGAGAUCGCCAUCCUGACACGAGUUCAGCACCACAACAUAGUCAAGGUGCUGGAGGUGUUUGAGAACGGGAGCUACUUCCAGAUGGUGAUGGAGAAACAUGGAGAUGGCCUGGACCUUUUUGAGUUCAUAGACAUGCAGCCACGGCUGGAUGAGCCCCUGGCCAGCUACAUCUUCAGACAGCUGGUGGCUGCCGUCUUCUAUCUGAGGUCUAAGAACAUCCUUCACAGGGACAUAAAAGACGAAAACAUCAUCAUCGACAAGUGUUUCCACAUCCGCCUCAUAGACUUUGGCUCUGCUGCCAUGAUGGCUCCAAGAAAGCUCUUUUACAAUUUCUGUGGCACACUGGAGUACUGCUCCCCGGAGGUGCUUCAGGGAAAUCCCUAUGAGGGUCCCAAGCUGGAGAUGUGGUCUCUGGGUGUGUUGCUCUACACUCUGCUGUUCAGUGAAAACCCUUUCUGUGGUGUUGAAGAGAUCCUGGAGGCCAAACUGAAGCCUCCGUUCCCCCUCUCUCCAGAGCUGCAUGAUGUGUUGUGUGGGCUGCUGCACCCUGACCCCGCUCAGAGGAUGACUCUGGACCAGCUGCUGCUGCAGGCCUGGAUCAGCCAGCCCAUCUCCAUGGCAGAGUACAGCUGGACAGAGGUGGUGCCUGAAUCCCAGUGCUACUCAGGCUCACCACAGCACCCGGACUCUGGCCCUGAAGCGUUCGUCGGUCAAGGCUUGUUCCCCGAUGGACAUGAUGAGACUCUUCCUGAUGAUGAUGAGGAGGAGGAGGAAGAUGAGGAUGACAGGUUGUCAAUGGUGGCCCUGGAAACAGAGCUUCAGAAGUACCUCCAUGAAGAUUGAAAACCGAGUUAAAAGGGAGUGUCAUCCCGACCAUCCGUCCAACCUUUUAAUGUGCUGUAGUGCAAAGAGGACAUGAAGUGCAAAAUGAAGAAAUGGAUUAGUCCGAAGACAUAAUCAUACACUACCGUCCAGACAGUAGUCUUUUAGAGACCAAUGGACUUCAUAUCAUUAUGAAGAUGUUUAUCAAAAUGUCCUUGUUUGACAUAUAAGUCAUUUCUCAUAGCAAAACAAAGCAAAACCAUCAUGAUGUAUGUUUUUUUCCCUUUUAAUUUAUUCUUCAAAUUUAGAAAAAGGUGAGGCAUUAAAACAUAGUAAUGGUUAAAUGGGAUCCAGCUUUGCCACCCAAACCGACAAGUGAUCCCAACCUUGAGUUGUUUGCCUCAGAGGAACCACACAGAGAACUGGAUGGAAGUUAAAGGGAAUUGUUUUACUGAUUUAACUUCUGUGUCUGUUUUAUGUUGGUGAUUUUUACGUGUUUUUAUCUAUACUUCUAAGUAUAUUUACAAUAUUUUAUCUAUUUAUACAUACAUUAAUAAAUAUUUGACCACAAAUGUUAUUCCUUUUUAAAUAAUUAAAGGCUCGUCUGUUGA